CGGCUCGGUCCGUCUCGGCUCGGCUCUGCUCGGCUCGGCGCUGUCCGCCUCGGCUCGGCGCUGGGAUCCGUCCCGUUAGCCUUACCCGAUGUGAGCGCGGAGCCGGCAGAGCUGCGGGGUUUCCCGUCCUGCCGCGCAGCGCUAAGGCCGUGUGCGAUGUGCGGCUCCGUGCCGCCUGCCCGCUGCCCGCCGUGACCCGCCGGGCUGCCCAGCACCGCCCUGUGGAGGUGAUGCACGCGCUGUGCAGCUGAGCAUCAUAGGCUGAAAAGGACCGUCACGGUCAUCUGGUUCCAACCCGUGCUGUGUGCAGGAUUUAAGCUGCUCCUGGUGUGUUUUUACAGCAGAGGAGAUGGAGAUGAGCAGGUGCUCGUGGCUGUGUGCUCCUUUGCUGUUCUGGUUUCCUUCCCAUCACUGGCAGUGGUUUCUCUUUUGGCCUCAAGCCCUUCUUGCUCUGAGUGCCACCACAAGCACUGGGAGCAGCACUGGCUGUAUGGCGGUGGGCGAGGAUCACUGAGAGGAGCUUAGAAGGGUUCUGAGAUACGUUAUAAGAUGUCUAAUGGUUAUGAAGAUCACAUGGCUGAAGAUUGCAGAGAUGACAUCGGCAGAACAAAUCUCAUUGUGAACUACCUCCCCCAGAACAUGACGCAGGAUGAGCUGCGGAGCCUAUUCAGCAGUAUCGGCGAAGUUGAAUCUGCAAAGCUGAUUCGGGACAAAGUUGCAGGACACAGCUUAGGCUAUGGUUUUGUGAACUACGUUACUGCAAAGGAUGCAGAAAGAGCAAUAAACACACUGAACGGCCUCAGACUGCAGUCAAAAACUAUCAAGGUCUCCUAUGCUCGUCCAAGUUCUGAAGUUAUCAAGGACGCUAAUUUAUACAUCAGUGGGCUCCCGAGGUCGAUGACACAGAAGGAUGUAGAAGAUAUGUUCUCACGUUUUGGACGCAUCAUCAAUUCCCGUGUGCUCGUGGAUCAAACCACAGGUUUAUCCAGAGGGGUCGCAUUUAUCCGGUUUGACAAAAGGUCAGAAGCAGAAGAGGCAAUUACAAAUUUCAAUGGUCACAAACCCCCAGGUUCCUCCGAACCCAUCACGGUGAAGUUUGCAGCCAAUCCCAACCAGAACAAAAACGUGGCACUGUUGUCCCAGCUGUGUCAUUCACCAGCGAGGCGGUUCGGAGGGCCGGUCCACCACCAGGCGCAGAGAUUCAGGUCAGCAGAGAAUCAGGAUCUGCCACCGCCAUGUCCUUGGCAGAGAGCAGCACGUGUACCGCAUUUAAGUGGUUUGCAUAUCACCAGUGGUACACCACAGUUUGGGAACCCCUGGUUCUCUCCUAUGGGUGUAGAUCACAUGAGUGGGCUUUCUGGUGUAAAUGUUCCAGGAAACGCAUCUUCUGGCUGGUGUAUCUUCAUCUACAACCUUGGUCAAGAUGCUGAUGAGGGAAUCCUCUGGCAGAUGUUUGGCCCCUUUGGUGCGGUUACCAAUGUGAAAGUUAUUCGGGAUUUCAACACCAACAAGUGCAAAGGUUUUGGUUUUGUGACCAUGACAAACUAUGAAGAAGCUGCAAUGGCCAUAGCAAGUCUUAAUGGCUACCGCCUGGGGGACAAAAUCUUACAGGUUUCCUUCAAAACCAACAAGUCCCACAAAUAACUUGCUCGUGCUUUUUGUAUGGAAUAGAUAAUGGAGUGACAGAAGUUGAAACAUUUUUGUUAGUGUAAAACUCAUUUUGCGCCAAUUUUCACAAGUGUUUGUCUUAGUCUAAAUGAGAAGUGGAAAAGGUUUUAUAUUCUGGGAUGCAACUGACAUGUUCAAAUGUUUGAAAUCCCACAAUGUUAGACCAAUUUUAAGUUGCUUUAAGUUAUUUCAUUUAAAAACAUGUUAAAAAAAACAUAAUAAUAAUAACAACCCCCUGAAAUCUGAAGUAGAUUGCAUUUAACUAGACCCUCUGGAUGGUGGUAAAAUUGAAGCAUGCUUUCACUUAUGAGACUAACAUUUGUUCCAUUGAAUGUUGUCUGCAAAAACUGGAAUCUCUUCUAAAAACUAUCAGGCUGAAUUAAUGGAUUUGCUUGUUUCUCAUGUUGUUGUUUUUCUCACCCAUUCUCUGCCCCCCCCCCCC